CUGCCCUUGGAUCCACCAUCAGCCUCUGCUGCCAGAUAUGCCUGGACUUUCCUACCUCUCUGUUGAAACCCUGCUUGUGAGCAGCCUGCCUCUGCAGGCUCAGAGCCUCUCUGCUGGGGGCACAGGGGUGGUUGGGCGCCCUGGAGAGGAGAGCCCCGGGUUUGGGGGGGUGGUAGAGGGGAGUCCCCUUGAUCCCAGGCCAGGAUCCCAUGGUAGGAGUAAGCGGCCCAUCGCUGCCGGACCAGACUUCAUUUCUCUGCCAGUAUCCGCCACUCUGGGCUUCCCUCCGUCCCUGCAACGGCUGCACGCCUGGCAGGAAAGGGUUAAGUCCGCCUGCACCCACCGGCCAAUGGUUGCGUGCAGCGCCUUCGCGGUGCCUCCUGAUUGGCGGGCACGCAGAGUGGGCGGGGGGGCCGCCCUCGGCCCAGGGAUGCACUUAAAAGGCCGUGGCGGCGGUGGCCCUCUGCGCACCAGCUCACCUCCGCCAUGAGCGGCGCAGCGGGCCCGGACCCGGAGGAGGCGCCCGAGGAGCAGCGUUUCCUAAGCGCCGCGGAGGCGGCUGCUCUGGAGCGGGAGCUGCUGGAGGAUUAUCGCUUUGGGCGGCAGCAGCUGGUGGAGUUGUGCGGCCAUGCUAGUGCCGUGGCUGUGACCAAGGUGUUCCCUUUGCCUGCUCUCUCUCGGAAGCAGAGGAUGGUGCUGGUUGUGUGCGGCCCGGAGCAGAACGGGGCAGUGGGGCUGGUCUGUGCCCGGCACCUGCGGGUGUUUGAGUACGAACCGACCAUCUUCUACCCUACACGCUCCCUGGACCCGCUGCACCGGGACCUGACUACCCAGUGUGAGAAGAUGGACAUCCCCUUCCUGUCUUAUCUGCCCACGGAGGUACAGCUCAUCAACAAUGCCUACGGGCUGGUGGUGGACGCCGUGCUUGGCCCCGGUGUGGAGCCGGGCGAGGUCGGGGGCCCCUGCACGCGUGCGCUGGCCACCCUCAAGCUGUUGUCCAUCCCCCUCGUGAGCCUGGACAUUCCCUCAGGCAUGCCAGGCUGGGACGCGGAGACCGGCGGCGACGCCGAGGACGGGCUGCGGCCGGACGUGCUGGUGUCGCUGGCGGCGCCCAAGCGCUGCGCCGGCCGCUUCUCCGGGCGCCACCACUUCGUGGCCGGCAGGUUCGUGCCCGACGACGUGCGCCGCAAGUUCGCGCUGCGCCUGCCGGGCUACACCGGCACCGACUGCGUGGCGGCGCUCUGAGCCCGCGCCCCCGCGGCCGGACCCGCGCCA